CUCAUUUGAUUUUCCACCGUUUCCCCAAUACGCGCAACAAACUUCAUCACCUUCACAUUUUCCAUUUGCUUGCUUGCUGGAAAAAACAGAGACUGAGAGUGAACGCGAGACGGCAACCGAAGGAGAAUGGCGGGCGAUGAUAACAGAGAUCGCAGUAAUGAAGCGCCAUUGCUGAAGAAUCGGUACUAUGAGAACUGCCCAGGGUGUAAGGUGGACCGAGCUAAAGCACUGAACAAAGGAUCACCAUUAAAGCAUCUCCUCAACAUAUGGAUGCUAACUAUGUGCACCACGUUGCCUAUAUCAUGUAUCUUUCCAUUCAUUUAUUUCAUGGUAAGAGAUUUUGGUAUUGCAGAAACGGAGGCAGACAUUGGUACCUAUGCUGGUUAUCUGGGCUCUUCCUUUAUGCUUGGCAGAGGAUUGACAUCUGUAGCUUGGGGAAUAGUGGCUGAUCGAUAUGGUCGAAAAUAUACUAUACUUUUAGGAACUAUUGCAAUUACUGUGUUUAACACACUAUUUGGCCUAUGCACGAGUUUUUGGAUGGCUGUUAGCACACGAUUUCUUCUUGGAGGCUUAAAUGGUUCACUUGGAACAAUCAUGGCUUAUUGCACUGAAAUUCUUCCAGAAGAACACCAAGCAAAAGGGCUGGCAACUUACAGUUCAGCUUGGGGCAUAGCUUUAGUCAUUGGUCCAGCGUUAGGAGGCUAUUUGGCUCAGCCAGUAGAGAAAUAUCCACAUAUAUUUCCAAAAGGUUCUUUAUUUGAUAAGUUUCCAUACUUCCUGCCCUGCCUUGUAAUAUCAGCCUUUGCACUCAUUGUAUUAGUUGCUUGCACCUGGCUCCCGGUAAUUAAUAGAUCUUGCAAACCUUGCUGUUUACAAGCUGAAACAUUGCACAACCAUAAGGUUAGCAACGAUUACAAUAAGCAUGCAGAAGCUUUAGAAAAUGAUAUCACGGAAAAACCAUUUCAGAAAGAUGGAAAUCUCUUCUUGAAUUGGCCCCUCAUGUCAUCCAUCAUUAUUUAUUGUGUUUUCUCACUGCAUGAUAUAGCUUAUUCAGAGGUUUUCUCGUUAUGGGCUGUCAGUCCUUUAGAGCUUGGGGGUUUAAACUUUACAACAGAUGAUGUCGGUGAUGUUCUUUCAAUAUCAGGAUUUGCUCUUUUGUUCUACCAAAUCUUCAUUUAUCCAACUAUGGAGAAAGCAUGUGGAACCAUUAAUCUUGCUCGCAUUGCAGCGGUUUUAACUAUGCCUCUCUUGCAAAGUUACCCUCUCAUAGCGAUGCUAUCUGGCUUUACACUGCACCUAGUGAUAGCUAUUGCUUCAGUCCUUAUGUUGUGUGUCCCUGCGAUAAUUGAUACCUGUUUAUUCCUUUUGCAAAAUAGAGCAGUGGAACAACACCAAAGGGGAGCAGCUAAUGGUAUGGCUAUGGCCGCUAUGUCACUCUUCAAAGCAGGUGGCCCUGCUUUAGGUGGUGCAGUGUUAAGUUGGUCACAGAAGCGGUUAAAUGGUUCUUUCCUCCCAGCUACAGGUACUCAUUUGGUGUUUUUUAUGCUGAACCUAAUUGAAGCACUUGGAGUGCUGAUGAUGUUCAAACCAUUCCUGGCUGAGAGAAAAGAGCAGUUACAAUGAUGUCAAUAACGUGUUUGCUUGAGCAUGGAGAGAUGAAGUAAUCAUGAGGUAAUGUUAUGAGCAAUAUAGAUUCUCUCUCUCUCUAUACUCUCUCUCAGGGCUGAGAAAGAAACCAAGCAGUAAAGGAGAAAGAAAAGUGAAAAGAACGAGUCCCAAAUGCUUUCUCGUGUUGCAGUGAAAUCAACUCCUGUAAUAUUUGUCAUGAGUCCAAUCUGUUGUUGUCUAUUUAGUUGCUAUUUAUAUGUAAUUUUUGGGUAAGUUCAUGGUUGCUUUUGUUUAUAAUUGUAACAACUUGGCCACUAUGUUAAUGAAAUUUACUAUCUUAUGCA